AGUAGUUUUUUUUUUAAUGUGACGACUGCAGUAAGAUAAGACCAUAUUGCAUUUUUUAUUUGGAUAAAUACAUUUAGUUUAAAGAGAUUUCAUCAUCAAUACAUCAUUAAUAGUUUAUAAAAAUAUAUAUACGAUUUGUAUCAGCUGCAGAUGACACAAUGGACAAGCAGUACUCGGUUAAGUUCUUCACAUCUCUUGUGGAAUGCAUGCAAAAAGUGUGCCGAGACUUCCUCGACUUCGAACAGGCCGUGGAUCUCAGUGGCUACCUCUGUGUGGAGAUCGACAACUUCAAGAAGGAGAGAUAUGUUAUCAGCGAACUCAUUCAGAACACUGGAGACGUGAUCAGUGAGAGUUACUGCACAAAGGCCUUCAAGACACUGAGGAAAUUACCAAGGGAAACCACGUGUAGUAGUGGAAUUGAAAACAGUGAUCCCAGACAGUCUUCAGUUAUGAGCAUUGGAAGUACUGCAGGAUCAACAGGACUGGGUAGAAUAUCCGCACGUAGGUCACAAUGUUCCAGUGGUAGAACGAGUCAGAGUACAAGUCAGACAGAUUCCAGUUGGAACAGCAAUCCAGCUGACAGUCGGUAUCAGCUGUCUUCUGUUCAUGUAGCAGGUCUAAAGAGAACCAUUCCUCAAUCAAGUCUGCUGCCGUCGGUGAAACGAGACAGGAGUGAGUCUUACAGUAGUGGUCUAGAGAGUGAAGAAUACAGCACUGUUGAUGCACAACAUGCUUCUACCAACACAUAUUUGACUGAACAAGUGUCUGGAAGUGCUACCUGUACAUCAAGUGCUCCUAAUAGUAAUAGCAAUGCAUGUAUCUCUGGUUCGAGUAUGACACUGCCAUCAUGUUCCAUAUCUAACAGUAGUACUGCACAAACCUUGUCUAGUGUGGGUGAAAGCAUUCGAUUACCAUUAAAUGUGACUGUCAAAGAAGAAGAUGAUAUAGCUUUUAUGGUGCUUGAUGAUAGUCAGGAUUUCGAUAGCUCUGCCACAUAUGGUGAUAAUGACUCUUCGAAUACAUUCGCACAUGCACAGUCAGUUAAUAAUGAAACAUUGCCAUUGUCAUCACCAAACUUUGGGGACCAAGAAAAUGCUCAUACUGCCAGAAAGAUGAAAGGUCAUGUGAAACUAUUUCAGGACUUCUCGUCAGAAGAUGAGUCUUUAGAAAACAAUUCAAGCACAAACACUGUGAAUAAGACCAGAUCAGAUCUGAGAGUGUUCACCGACUGGUUGAAAAGCAACAAAGAAUUCAGGAACCUAGAGGACAUUCCACCAGCCGAGUUUGAUGGUCUCUUGGCUCAGUUUUACAUGGAUGUCCGUGCAAAGGAUGGUUCAGAAUAUGAAGCAAACACAAUCAUUGGUAUUCGAAACAGCAUCCACAGACAUUUGAGAAAUUUGAAAGUCAACAUGUAUAUAAAAAAAGAUCCUGAGUUUAGCCAUUCAAGAAAUGUUCUAGAACUGAAAAAAACCCAGUUAAAAAACGAACCAAGACAGAAAAAGCAACACAGGCGCAAGGUAGAUGGUCUUUGUGAGGAUGACAUCAGCAUCUUGUAUGACAAGCAAGUUCUUGGUGCAGCCAAUCCAGCGUCCUUGCUACAUGCAGUUUGGAUGAACAAUGCAUUUUAUUUUGGAUUCCGGGGACGUAAGGACCAUGUCAACCUGCUUUGGGGAGACAUAGAACUUAAGACGGACCCACUUGGGAAGGAAUUCCUCGAGUAUACAGAAAGAAAUUCUAAGGCACGGAGUGGCUGCAAGCAAGAAAAUAAUAGAAAGUGUAUAAGAAGUAGAAAUAUGAUAACAAGGAUACAUUCAAAGCCAGACAGCCCUCACUGUCCUAUUAAAAUGUAUAAACAAUACCGACUGCAUCGUCCCUCUCGAAUGCGUGACCCAAACACAAGGUUUUAUUUACAUCCACUUGAAAACCCACCUUCUCAGAUGUGGUAUACUCAUCACGUUUUAGGGAAAAACAAACUCGGUGAAAUGAUGAAGAAUAUAAUUGAGCAAGGAAAUACGGUGAAAACAGAAAAGGAAUGAAGUGUCAAAACUUGACGAAUGUUGCACAGCUGUUAAAAAAAACCCACCCUAACUUCUGAGAGCAAUGGACAGCACAUUCCACAGCAUUUACAUGGAAUGUAACAGUAAUGGAGGUCUUGAUUGUUGUUUCUUUGUGAAGAAAAAUUAAUUUUAAACCUUUUACUCGAUUUCAGUAUAUGUGGAUAAACCCCACUCUACUGAAGUACUGGCAACUCAGUUUUAAGAAUUGGACAAUUUUAUACAAUUAUUGAAUUAACAUUACUGCCAUUAUAGCAGCAGGUAAAAAUUGUGCAACCAGUUAUUUGAGGUACGUUCUCAUAGACAGAACACACACAAGUGAAGAAAGACAUGUCUUUGGUCAGAAUAAUGCAUGAGAUGAGAACAAUAUUCACAAGCCUAAAACAUUUGGGUGGGGAACAGAGGAAGAAAAAUGACCAUUUAAGCCAGAUUCAUACUUCAUUGCCGACUCUUGUUGGCAAGUAGUUGACUCGCCCAGUCUGCUUCUCUUCAAACCUAAUCCUCAGUUUUCAGUCAAUUCGGUAUGAUUUUAAAACAGUUCAUAUUAAAUUUUAGCGUGCAUGUGUUCGUUCAACAUGUUUUAGUUUACCUAAUAAUAAAUUACAUUUUAGUUGCACAUAAGGUUGGCAAUCACAGUAUGAAUUGACCUUUACACAAACAAUGGACGUAAAAGCAAGAAACAGCUUCAAAAUGUAGCACUUAAAAUGUAUUACUUGUAUACAAAUUUAAAGAUUCUGAAUUUAAACUGCCAAUAAAUCUGUAUGUUGUCAUGUUAUUUUGAUGCCAGUAUUGUAGUUUUUGUUAAUGAAUACAUGGAUUUUGUGGGUUUUUUAUUUUUAUUAAAGUAUAAUUUACACGACAUUACCAGUUACUUGUAGAUUGCUAAAGAUUAUAUAUUAUGUCUAGUCCGGUCCAUAGUUUUUGGUAUCUCAUCCCUAAUCUAACACUGGUCUAAAUCAUGGGGGGGGGGGGGGGGUACACAUAUUUUGAGUAGAGGUGAUACUGUUAACUUGAUAUUACAUCUGUUUUGACAGAACAAAGCAUGCAUGUACUUCUACAAGUGUCCAGAAAAAAAUUGUUAAUAUUUUUAGAAACUGUAUUUAAAAUGUUUUAUUAUUAUUAACUGAAUCGUUAAAUUAUAAAUUUCCUGGUUCUUUAUUGUUCCAAAAUUGUGGAAAAUAUUUAUUUAAUAAAUAUUGCU